GUGUCUCGGGCUGGCAUGCAGUUUUCGAUGAUGGGCUUUCCCGAGUUCAGUGUACGGUUUGGCAUCGAGCCCGAAGGACGCGCACAAAGGAUACGCCGGUAGAUUCGAUUUUGCCGGCAAUCUGCUUUCGCCAUCAUCUGUACCAAAGCGUGUCAAUGCCAUCCGCAGUUUGCGGGUUGGUCGUUUCGCGUAUCAACGGUGAGCAAAACGAAUUGAGUGAACAAAAAAAUCUCGGAGCCAACUGGUGCAAUGGUGUGGAAUUGUGGAACAAAGAGAGGUGCAAAAAACCCCAACGGCAGCAGCAACGCAAUCGAACGCUUGUGUGGUGAAGGCGUAUAAAAAACACACCCAUCGGUGGUGAGUGGAGAAACGUGAGUGUUCCGAUGUAAAAAAAACAAUCUUCUAUACAGUUAAAAGGGUUAAGUGAAGCGAAAUAAAGGAAGGAAAUUUGCGGAAGGAAAAAAAAAAUCGUGACCCGCGCGUUACAGGUGUCGGAUAACGUGCGGUGAGUGAAUCGGUGUCGUGUCAGUGUGUGUGUCUUUGGUUUUGUGUACACAAUUGCCGUUUUUUUUUUGGAGGGCGUUUGCCAUUGAGUUCCGGUUAGAAUUUGUGAAUGUGAAAGAUUCCAUUUGAGUUAUUUUUCUUUCCCCUUGCUUCGCAUUUUCCCUUCAUUUUCCGUGGAUUAGUAUGCGGGUUCGCGUACGUAGGUUAGCAUGGCAGUGAAAAGCUGUGCCCAUCGCUGGCAGCAACCGGUCGUACGGGCAUAAUGGAGGGAACAGCGUGAAAAAUCGCCGUGAGUGAAAAGUGUUGUUUAUUUUAUUCAAAUCCGCCCAUCUGACACGGAGCAGGCGGGCUGGCGGUGCUGGAGUGAAUCUAACGCGAUGGCUUCGGAACCUUCGCACGGUCAGGUGGCUGUGGUGCUGUCGUCUUACUUUUCCUUUCAAUCUGUAACGUAGGCAGAUGGGAGGGAAGAACGGGAGCAGAUCGAAACGACGCGACGCGAUCCGAUCGGUUUAAAGUGUGUGUGUGUGUGUGUGUGUGUGUGGAGCCCCAUUUUGCGGGCUUACGAUUUCCGGUGCAGUGUCAAGUGGGAAAAGUCUUUUUACACAUUUUUUCCGUGAAAUCAACAAUCAUUGCUGCGCUGCACGGUACAGUGCAGACAGAGGGUGUGUGUGUGUGUGUGUGUGAGAGAGAGAGAGAGCGAGAAAGAGGGACCGGAGAAAAUAAGGCACAGAGUGUAGUGCUUACCGGGACGAUACGGAAAGAAAUAAAAACUCCCCACUGCAGGCCCUUUUACCCGCGGCACCCGUAAUCGGGCAGAAGGUGGCUCGCCAAACCAGUGCUGAAUGUGAAAUCGGUUCUUUCCGGAGCAGAAUUGAACGUGUCAGAGCGAAAGUCGAUUCGAUGCUUUUACGCCGUUCCCCGACAAUGGAGACGGUUUGCAUGCAAAUUGUGCUCGUGCUGCUGCUGCUGAUAGUUCACCGGCUGGAUGGUUCGCUUUCUCCGGCCCUGCAAGACCUAAACCAAUCACAGCAGCUACCAGUUGACCUAGAGCCCGAGUUCGAGGGUACGAUACAGAACAUCUCGUCCCCGACCGGGCGUGAAGCGAUCCUGACCUGCUCGGUCAAGAACCUUGGCCGGUACAAGGUCGGCUGGCUGCGAGCAUCGGACCAAACCGUGCUAGCGUUGCAGGGUCGCGUCGUAACGCACAACUCACGCAUCAGCGUCGUACACGAGGACUUUCGUACGUGGCGGUUGCGUAUUCGACAGUUGCGCGAAUCCGACCGAGGCUGCUACAUGUGUCAGAUAAAUGCCAGCCCGAUGAAGAAGCAGAUCGGCUGCAUCGAUGUGCAAGUUCCACCGGAUAUUAUCAACGAGGAAUCAUCCGCAGACAUUGCGGUGCAGGAGGGCGAGGAUGCGACGAUCGUCUGCAAAGCCGUGGGACAUCCGACACCCCGCGUCACCUGGAAGCGGGAGGACGGCGAGUACAUGCUGCUAAGGAAGCCUCAAAGCCGCGAACUGAUACGAGUGGAGGCAUACAACGGUACCCAUCUACAUCUGCCCAAGCUGGAGCGAAGACAAAUGGGUGCGUAUCUGUGCAUCGCGUCCAACGAUGUUCCGCCUGCCGUUAGCAAACGUGUUUCAUUGAGUGUUCACUUUGCACCAUCGGUACGACCUACGAGCCAGCUGCUGGGAGCACCGCUCGGCUCGGACGUGCAGCUCGAAUGCACGGUAGAAGCUUCGCCCAUGCCGGUGUCCUACUGGCUGAAGGGAGGCCGCGUUCUGCCGAACAGCUUCGCCGGUGCAGCGAACGGCAACUACGAGCAACCGGGACUGAGCCGGCCGGAAAUGCUGCUGGACGGGCCCAAGUACGGCAUCACCGAGGAUCGGCAUGGCUUUCGCACCAACAUGCGGCUAGUGGUGCGAUCCUUUUCACCGGCUGACGUCGGGACGUACCACUGUGUCAGCACCAACUCGCUAGGCCGCGCCGACGGCACCAUGAGACUGUACGAAAUAAAAAUUCAUCCGGGCGGUGUGCAAACAACGGACGAUCAAUUAAAUAUAAUUGGAGGUCUGGCAGAGGCAGCCCGUGGCCGUGGCAACUCUGCCACCAGCUCGCACCACCCCACCCGAACGCACCACUUGCUCCCAACGGUACUGCUGCUGAUUGUAUCGCUUUCGCUUGGCACGAUACGAACGGUCAUUUCCGCCAGCAGCGAUAGCAGCAGCCACGCCCGAACCGGUAACAGAUGACACCGUUCCGACAUAUCCGGUGCGUGAUAUCGCACCGGCAAAAGCUGCUGGCCGCCAUCCGAGGGCAGCGAAUGUGAUAGUGCACAGCAGCAGCGUGGGAAAAUGUCGGUCGCAUCGAUAGCAACGUCCACACCUGUCCGGAGCACAAUGGUGGCCAGCGAUGCGGCAACGAUUAGGUUUUAUUGAACUUCAACUCAACAGCAACAAUAAUCAUCUGCUAGGGGGAGCAUAAGCAUAAGCCGAAGAUGGUACGGGCUAGGAAGCGGUAAAGCUGAGACGGCUCUCUAUUUUCCCCUACAGCACAGCUUGAAUGGUGAUUGGAUAGGAGCGACUAUAAAGCGUGCUGUAGCGAUGCGAACCAGCUAAAGGCCAGAACAGUGGUAUAGGGAGUAUGAAAAUCAUCCUAAACAUUGUAAAAAUUUAACCAACUCAAACUGUUUUCAAAAGUGUAUCACAAGCGCUGUUUAGCUGGCUAGCUGACUUCCUGCAAACCGGCUAAAGCAAAAUCCUGCUUAACGCAAAACCAAACUUCUCCAUAAUCAGUUAACAUACCGGUUGGUGGAAAACUUUCAUGUCCGGAGUGGUGGCAACAGUUGCACAAAGAAUCGUCACCCAGUAACGAGCAGCUUGCAUACUUGUUUAGCCCUUUCGCAAACUUCCCAGACGUUCGCUUUCUUCUGCAUGUUUCAUGAAGUACCGGGCUUCUCCACUGACCGGGCGUCUCCAUCGACCAGGCGUCUUCAUCGACUCGACGCUUCCAUUCAACAAACUCCUUGCCAUCUCAUCCAACACCGUGCACUAGCAUCGACCAACCGAUGGGUGAGCAAGUUUUUGAAUGAUGUUAAACUGUGAAUCAAAUUUAAUUGCCGCAAGCAUCGAUAAAGCUGCCGUUAAGCUGUGUAACUUACACCGCUACUUUCGAACAGUCAUUGCCGAUGGCGUCUGGUGUGAAACGUUUCAGCGCUGCAUCGAUGCUAGAACUUUUUUCCCUAACUUUUCAACCCAUGUGUUACUAGUUAGAUUUUUGGUUGUUUUUCUUUGCUUGGUGCAUUUCACACAGACAAUAACUAUUCCAGCUCCGUAGAAAGGGAAGAAUGAAGAUAAAAACCAAUGGGAGAUAAGAAGAAGGGAGCUUGAUUAACACUAUUUUUUCUUUUUUGUUUACUGAUAUACACCAUUUGAAACUGGCAAACGACAUCGUGCUAGAAACAAAGAUUUAAAUUCAAAAAUUAACCCAUCUACACAAGAUCUAUUGAUGACAAAUGACAAGAUCUAUUGAUGAAAAUGGUUAUUUCGAUUUCAAGCUUAUUUUACCUGUACUGUCUUUGGCUGUGCUCGUUCCCUGUAGUAGAAAAGUAUUUGAAAUCAUACAGAAAAUAGUAAGAUUAAACCAAAUGGCAUGCAAACGAAAACUUCCAACAUAAUACAAAUUAAAGAUCGAUAGUGGUAAGGUGCACGAUCUACCCAUGCAAGAUCACCCGAUACGUUGCUUCGAUUGAGGCGAGGACAAUGCGCGAUACAGUCUGGUGGAGAACGUUGUAAAUAUCUAGAGGUAAUUAAUUUCGCCAGACACCUGCCUGCACUAUUCAGCCAACGUACACAUUCAAAUCUGCGUGUGUAUGUGAACUUUUCCACAGCGAACACGAUGCUCCAAGCCAUGUUUUCCGUUUUUAAUCAUCCCGAAUCAUCCCCGCCGGUCCUGUUUGUGUAUCGUGCAUUUGGUUUAAUAAAUUUUCACCUCUUUGACUCACUUGCAAGACCGACGAGCUGGCGAGCCUUGUGCGGGACAGAUGACCGCAAAAGCUAUAGCGCGAUUUAUCUGUGCACACAAUGUGCCCCCCCCCCCUCGUACGAGCUGGAGGAUAAAGCGGGAUAAUAAGAGGUGGUCCGAAAAAAUUGAAAACCAUCACAAAAGAAUACAAAAGUAAAAAACAUAACCCAGACAGCCAAUAUCGAUGAGGUAAAUUUAAAAACCCCAUUCACACGGAGUGGGAAAGAAGAAGUAAAAAAAAGAUACGCCUCGCAACAACCACCACAGCAACAACUGCACCGCACACGGCACUACAACUGGACGGAACAAGUGCAACAACCGAAAACAUAGCUUCGCUACAAAAGGAUGCAAUCCGAACCCAUCUCGCGAGAGAUGGGGUUUGCCUGGCACAUAAUUUAUGACUGAAUUCCAUUCGAAGGGUGAGUAAUUAAUUAUGAAAAUUAAUGAUAUCACCCGUGCUUCUUCUACCAACCAUCCCCAACUGAAAGGGGGGAGUUGAUUCGUGAUUACCCGCUUACUUGCUUUUGUACGGGUGAUUUGCGGGUCGAAACGGGCCACUCGCAAGCUGAACGCUUUCGCGUCUUCAAAGCUUAAUUUGGGUGGUUGCAUUUUCCUGUUUCUCUUUUAUUUUCCCCUCCUUUCGGAUGGUUUUUGGUUUUGUACCAUCGAUCAUGUCGGUAUGCUUGAUGUUGUUGCUUAAUUUUUUAUCAACCCUAUAGCACUGAUCAUCGAUGAGCGUUGCUUUUUUUGUGUCGUUGUGUUUUGCAGUCUACUUUUGAAUCUCCACUGUGCUCGUGCUAACAAAGUGGCAGCGGCGUAGUCUUUCCACGGUUGACAAAGCCAAUCGAACGGUCGGGGAAGCGUUGGGGUGGAGGGAAUAAUUUUCCGUAGAUGAAUUAAACAUGAUUUUUCAUAACCAUUCCCGACAUUCAUUCUUUGUUGUGUUUGAUUACUGUACUGCAGUUGCCUUUUUUUCACCAUUUGCAAAUGGCGUUUGAUGAGCUGCAAAGCGCAGCUCAUUAUCGAUGAUGGUUGGUCGAUCGUGGAAACGGGGUCUGAUGUGUACAAAUGAGUUUGAAGAGCAUUCAGCAAAGUCAGUUUGCGUCAUUUUUAUUGCGAAAGUUUAUUUCACUGUGCUCGGAGUGUAAUGAGUGGCAGUAGUUAAUUGACACGUUGUAAAAUUGAAGCUCUUUUUGGCAUGGUUUUUAUUUUAACAACACAAGUGUCAAUGUCACACUUCGCACAAUCUCAAAUUGCAUCGUGUUCCGCUACACUUGUACUAUAAAGACAGUCUAUCAAUAAACAUCCACUCCCAUGGCAUGCCCGUAAUAGCUUGUUUUCUAAUAGCUUUAAUGUUUACUAAAGUCUCUAUUGUAUAGGAACGAAUAGUUAAAUGCAGAGGUUGGAAGUGUUGAUGUGUUUGCUGCCAGCUGUUGACAUCUGGCUGACAAGAAUGAACUAGACACACACACACAACCAGGCCAGGUGUAUUUGUGCAAAGCUACAUUAGAUAAGGGGAAUGUGGGCAAACUAAUCUGAGCUCGAUGCUAUAGCAUAAGCAACUAAAACAUAAACGCAGAGUGAGCGAAUAUAUGAGUUGAAUACACAUAAAGCAAAUGCAAAGUAGCUAAUCGGGGGAAGAAAGUAUUAGAGAGUUAAGCAAAAAAGAGAGUUGAUAAAACAGAUGCAAAACGAGGCAAGAAAGAUAAGUAAAAUUAAAACGGAAACAAGAGAAAGCAGUAAGAUAAAGCAACACGCUUCGAUAUGAUCGAUAAAUAUGGAAAACAAAAGAAUGGUCAAAACCAAGAGUAAAUGAACAAACCGAACACUACACAUAAUCAUACGCCGAAAUUCAGAAGCCCUGUACAUAUUUGCGUUAACGGUGUUACAAAAUCCAUCCAUCCCUCCCCCCUUGCAACCCAUACCACCCCUCCACACCUUCCCCUACAUCCAGCAAAAAAAAAACGGCCGAGUGAGUAAUAAAUUUGAAAGCAGCAAACAUUGAGCAAAACAGUCAAUCUGUGUGUCGCAGCGUGUAGAGGCGUUUGUCUGUGUGUAUGCAUAACGGAACUGUUCCAAUAAAUCUGAUGAUCUGAAGAAAUGUAAAACCCGCACCCGAAACGUUCCGAACGCAGCACCACAAAACACAAAAACCCCUCCGAAUCUCAUUCUCGCAUGGAAAUGAGUUUUCCGGCAUUUUCGGUCGUACGUUGAUGGUCUCGACCUUUCUUCACAGCCGCCGGUCGUUCGAAGCGCUGGAAUGUUGCUGUCACGCUGGUGGUGUGGGCGCCGAUGUGUUCGUCGCCGAACGGUAACCGAAAGAGGGCACAUUCCUUACCUUCACCCACUGCUAAUGGCUAAUAGCUGGCUGGACGAAACUGACGGACCGAACUGCAGCUUGGCAGCAUACGAGCAGGUAGGAGGAACAGCUGCCAGCAAGCUUUGGAACGGAAGGGAGAAAGGUAACAAGAUUUGCUUUCAGUUUUUUUUUGGGUCUCAUUCUUUUCUCUACCAUGGUGAAUUCGUACCUCCAGAAACCUGUCAGUCACAGCCGGAAAUUCGCAGCGCUACCGAGCGGCCGCGCAGAUUCAUCCCGGUGAACGGUGACUCCCUUUGUUUGAGGAUCAGAUUGUCGCGGCAAAGCGGAAAGCUUAGCUAACAUCGUGCCAGCCUCAUCGUGCCGGGUGAGACACGGUUAGGUGUAGUUGUGCCCCCCUGGACGGGGGCCGAUGAUCCUAGGGCAAAGCAAACGCGACCUCAUGAUGACCUCGGACGGUUUGCUACAGGGAACAGACCGGGUCGUCCGUUCGGCUGUCAGGCUCAGCUUUGAUCCCCAUGCCUGUGUAUGUGUGUGUGUGUGUGCAUGUCACCGGAGAUACUAUUUCAAUCUCAUCAUUCCGCUCCGAUGCGCGCCAACACACCGAAAAGGGCAUUCGGGUGGGAAUCGUCGCUAUGGAGCAGAGGUCGCUUUUUUGCAGGUAUUGUCUGUUUUUUUUUUGCAUCCAUUUGUGUGCUCCAGCAUAAUCUCUGACUCGUCCGUUCAGUGCCGCUCAUUGGCGCUGUUUCAUUUGGUUGGAUUCAGUUUGUGGAUUCUGUGUAUUUCGCUGUUCUUUUUUUUUACUAUUCUUUGCAGAAGCUUUGUGCCGUACGCUUUUACGUUAUCUCACGGUUGACAUUUAGUUUCAGCGCGCCAAAUGCACACACACACACACACGUACACACACACACACACACACACACACACACACACACACACACACGUUCAUGCAUGUACACAGAGGGCAGAGUGGAAAUCGGACGGGAAUCUGACGGCAAAUGACAGCUGACAGCAGCUGUGCAACGAUCAAACGGGCUCGGCGCACCACCCGUAAAACGAACGCGACCGAACGUCAAACGUCAACUUGCUCACGCUUAACUAACCGUGUCCCAGACGAGUAGCCCAGUUCGUAGUAUCGUAGUAGUAUGUCGCUUUUUUCUCUCUCUUUCACUCGCUCACACUCCCUCAUACAGCUGUCAAGUGACGAUAGUGGUGCAAUUGGGACGCGAGUAGGUACUCACAUACACCCAAAAGUGUUGCUGUUUUUUUUCUUCUUUGCAAUCGCCUCUGACAUAAACCUCUGCCCUCUGAGGGUAUUGAAGUUGAUCAUUAAAAAAAACCAAAAAGAAACAAUGCAUCCGAGAGGUGACUAAGUUUGACAGGAUGUGCUUUGGGGACUCGUACACUAUCUGUCCGUAGCUGUCACUGGGCACACAAGUUACUGUACUGUUGGGACGAGGGUUCACAAUGCCCAAUCCGUAACAGUCACCACCCGUUCGCAGUAAGACUUUGUGACUGGUGAAUAAUGUAUGCCUCCAUCGCUUACCGCCACCGGAAGGAGCUGCCAGUUGCGUCAGAAAGGGUAAAAGUUUUAUGAUAUUGGUAUAUUUUUUUUCACUGGUGCCAUUUUUUGCUUUCUUGCUUUGUUCUGUAUUGCAUCCAUCAACGCUGCUCGAAGUGCCGUUGGAAUGCCGGUGGUAAGUGGGUCGUUCGGUCUUUAACGGUCCGAGAUUUGGCUCGCGCAGAAUAAACAACCUACCUACCGCCCGAAAGCACUUAUCCCGCGAGUAGAGUGCAUCGGUAAAUGUUUAUCCUUAAUCUUGAAUCGGUUUGUGUUGGGUUCGCUUUGAUUUAAGGCAAGAGUUUAACGCAGGAUGAGAGAUGAAAAUGGGAAACCAUUUCAUUUCCCUCGGCUCGAUUGCUUUCAGACGACUGUAGAAGGGAUAUCAACUGUUUGUAAAUAUUGUAUGAAU